AUGUGCAAUAUGGUGACAGCUAAGGUGAAAGAACUGGCUGAAAACGUUGUACUGAUACUAAUGAUUCUGUUUAUAUUUCAGUCAAUUGUCAAUGCCGGUUUGCUGUUCAUUGUGCGACGAUUCAGUGGUUCCACAAACUCGAUUUCAUUUCGCAUAUGGGGAAGAACCAUUCGAGGUUUGCGAGUAAGGACCCCCUCGUGCAAGUUGAGAGUCGGCAAGAUAGGUUUGACUUUUGGCAAGAAAAUUGCGGUAACGUUUAGUGAUAUCGAUAUCGUGGUCCUAAAGGAUAUACAGAAAACACGCGAGGAAAUCCGCAAAAACUCUGAUCAGGUCGGCUCAGAGCCCUUGGAUUCCGUGGAAUUAUUGCUAAGUGGCAAGGUUCUGUGGAUUCUCAACAAGAUCUUCCCUUUGUGCUGCUACUUCCAGGUGAUGUCUCUCCGGCUGCUGGACGGUACUGUCAUCAAGGUAGACCUGAGUUCGGUGGCUGUCGACGGUAUAUCGGAGGAUAAACUUAGGGCAGAAAUGUUCUUGCAUUCAAUAUGCAAUACAAAGAAAGGUGAUACCAUUCAUAAUAUCAGUUAUCAACUGAAAUGUGACAUGCUGCGAAAAGAGGAGAGAGGUACAAAGAGGUGCAGAGUUACGAUGAAAAAUUGGUCUUCCUAUUUGAGAUUGAAUGGUCUGCAUUUUCACGUGAAUGAUCUAAUGAACUGGAACGCCGACCAUGACAAACAUGCAACCAUUAAUGAUGAUAAUAAUUGUAAUAAUGAUAAUACUAAUGACAAUACUAAUAACAGUGAUCCAACUAAAAAUUCUAAUAAUGACGAGACAGAGAAAGGCAAUAUAGAGCUGGAUGAAAACGUGGUGAAUUUCUAUGAGGCAAAACUCCAGAAUAUAUUGAGAAAGUAUAGAGGGCCCAUAGAGAUCCUAAGAGUUGUCGACAUAAAAGUGGAAGAUCUCAUCAUUUCUUAUAAACAUUAUAUGCAUGUGAAAGUUUCGAGCAUACAAUUCUAUAUGGAAACAGUAGACAUCUAUAGCUAUGGUUUCAAUUUAGAGUUUUUGCCCUCGACUGUUCAUAAAGCAAAUAACCACGAGAUAUCAAUGUCAGUGAGUACUUUCACAAUGGAUGUGAAAGAAACGUCAGUGAUAAGAAUUCCAUUUAUCAAUAAUGUCAUAACCACAGAUAUACUGUCUUUUUUGGCUCACGGCAAUCCUAUUACGAAGGCAAAAAUCUCUCACAAUAUGAAUAUAAUAAAUCCAUCCAUUGUCGUAACAAUCAAGCAAGUUUUAGAUGCGCUAACAUAUUUCAAUAAAUACAAACAAAUGAUUCAUCUAAGAUCUGAUAGAUUAUCCAGAGAUCCACAAACCAAAAAUGUAGCAUUGGCAAUUCUGAAAAAAAAUGUUCAAAGCUUGCCCAGCUUCAUUCUUAAACCAGCAAUCUGGAAUUUCAGUUCCACUCUGCAAUUUUCAACUGAUGAACAUAUGGUGUUCAAAUUUUACAGUAUCCAAGCUCUUCUGCAUCGCAAAAAUAUUUUAUUGAAUAGCUCUGGUUUUGAUCGUGCUCGAUCGCGCCCAGAAUUGGCGUUUAUAGAAAGAGAUCCGUUCAGUAAACAGAUCACGAACUAUUUGAAAAUAAGCAAUGUUAGUUUGCUAUUCAUGAAAUUGCCAACAUCAAACACAGAAGCUAUAACAACUGUACCAAUUUGUGGAUUUGAAAGAAGUGAUACUUUCUUGGAUGAAAAGUUUGACGAGAAAAUUAACAUUGAGAGUACCCUCAGACACUUGACUUUGAGUUUAGAUGAUCUGGAUGUGCUCGGAAAAAUGCAUGCCGUCCUUUUCAGGAUUUUGCAAACAUAUAAUAUGGGAAGGAUGUCCGAUCUAGCUGACGAGGAGAGUUGCAUACAUACCAAGAAACGCUCUGAUAACCAUAGUACUCAUUGGUUCUUACAAUUGAGGCUAAAAGACUUUUCUUGCUCACUAUUGUUGGCAAAAUAUCUGCCGGUGUUCUUGGAUCCUUUAGCAACAAAAAACUUCAAUAUGUCUGAUAUUUCAAGGGGUAUGAUUUUUGUCAUGAGAGAGUCAUUUGCUACUGCAAGUCCAGAAGAGAAGACCUUCAGAGCGGUAACAGCUUCGUUAAUUCGUGUGAUGGAAGACCAGUCCUUGAAGCAGGUUUCUGAUGUUGUUGUCGAUUUGAAGGAAUUAUCGGUUGUCGUUAGACCGAGCAAGACAGUGCAAGUAACGUUGCCUAGCGUGCAAUUCAAUGUUGAUGUGAGCACAAUAUGGUUGAUAUUUUUCAUUAAAACAGCGAUUGUAGAAUACAGCUCCUUCCCAGGAAAGCCUCGUCAUAAAUAUCCAGGAAAGGAAAUGUCUAAUGAAUCCAGUUAUUCAGUCGCUCUGGAUAUUGAGAAGACAAUAAUAGAAGUAAUGUUGCCUCAGAACACGCCUUUGCUACUUUCAUUGGAGGACAUUCAUUAUUCCCCUGUCACUAGCGUUCUGCAUAUAUCAAAUAUAUCGAUAUUUGUCAAAUCAGUAUAUGUGAAAGAGAUACCGGUUCAAGUUUCUUUACUUAAUAUAAAUGAUUUUGAAGUAAUCCUUGGAGACAUUGGGGAAGGCCAUUCAGUAAAAGUCUCUACAUCUUCCAUUCGCUUUCACACAGAAUAUCAUUUCAGGUUCUAUAUGGUUGUCGACAACAUGAUCAAUAUGUUCAAAUCGGUCAAGCAAAUUGAGCUCGCUUUUUCUGAUCUGCAUAAAUUUCAUAGGUUGCGUCCAUCUCAACAGCAUCCAGUUGAGUUGACGUCUAUUGAUAUUUUUACAGAGCGAUUUGUUGUUAGUGUUGAAGAAGAUCCUUUCGAACAGGAGUUGGGACUAAUUUUAAAAAUAGGUGUUCUUGAACAACGAGAUAGAUUGGAAAAGCUGCAGGAAUUCAAUGAGCAGAGAAAACGAACUCGAACUCACAAUGAGAGAGCUGAAAGUGGGAGCUUAUUUCCUACGAUAGAAAGUUCAAUGUCCUCUGACAUCGAUCUAUCGGAUGAUAUCUCAGAGAAAGAGGCCUUUCAGGCAAUUCUAGAAAACUUUUCGACUUCGUGGAUCGCAAGAUAUAGAAUGGCAAAACUUAAGUUUCAUGGAAGAACAUCGCGCAUAGUAAAGCGAGCAGAAAUGGGGGCUGAGAGGUACUUUUACUCUCCCUUGGAUUCUAAUACGGUGGGAAAUCUUCUUAUUGAAAAAUUGCAUUUAAAUCUGGGAGCACCAAGUUUUCCGAUUGCAAACUUUGCAGAUUUUGUUCACAAGUACGGGAAAGGUGUUCCUAAAGAUCGACUAUACACUCUUUUACUAAUUAUGGGAGUAGAUAUUCGUACAGGGUUAUGGGAACUUAGACUAAGAGAUUACCCAUUGCCCAUUGUCUCAUUUCCGGAUUCCCAUACCACAGGAGAUAUGGUGUUUGGAGAGAGAAUGCCCGAAGAGAAAUCUCUGAGAACUGUAUAUAUCCCCUUCAUUCCUGCUGCUUCAAGAGCUGAAUAUUCCAAAAGCAAUUCCAUCUACGGAUCGCAUAUAAUUCGUACAAUGAACUCUAUUAAGAUAUUUUUCAACAUCAAAUCGAAAGUGCAGUCGCCUUUACCGGCCUCGAUUACGUGGGGAAAAUCGCUCCAACCGGGAUAUACCUCCUUGAUGUUAUGGUUCGAUUAUUUAACUAGGCCACAGGAAGACCCCUCGCCAAAAAUGGGCUUUUGGGAUAAGUUUAGAUUUCUCGUACAUGGAAAAUGGACAUACGAUUUUUCAGAGGUCAGCAAAUUUCAUCUGAACAUCAAAGGCUCUCAACAUCCAUAUAAGAUUGCCGAUGACGGAGCAGGGCUCUCUUUUUGUUGGUCAGGUGGGACAACGAUUCACAUUCAUAAGUCGGAAGAUCCUAAAGAGCUUCUUAAUAUCGAAUCGAAACAAUUUCAGCUGGCGGUUAGAGAUUUCACUGCUACAAACAAGUUUGAUAAAGUUCUUAUGAAGCUGGCAGGACAUGUAAUAUGGAAAUUGGGGCUUUUAUUUGAACAAGGUGAUAUUCACAAAGCUGGUGAGGAGGCCAGGUUGCCCCCCUGCAAGCCUCAUUAUGAAGUUGAACUUGUUCAUCCAAGCCAUGUCACAGACUUUGAAAGCUAUGACUCUUUCAGUGGUUUCAGGAGUGAUUUCAUUCACAUGUCAAUCGGUGUUUACUCGUCUGCAAAGGGGUCUUCAAAUAAUCUUUAUCUCGCACCUCAUUCAGUUUAUCAUUUCUUGAAUUGGUGGAAUUUGUUUCACACAUAUACAUCCGGGCCAAUAAGGCAAGGUCCACUAUUCACCGAUUUGGUGCAGAACCCCAUGAAGUUUGGAAAAUCUCUAUUCACUCUAAAAUACCAAUUACAUCUAGAACCAUUGGUACUAACUCACGUCUACCGUCAUUAUACGGACUUUGAUGAUACCAAUCACGUUUCUUUUACUGGCUUAAAAGGAAAGGUUCAAGCAUUAAGAAUUGACCUUCAUCAAAAAAGAGUAAAAUUGACGCAUACUAAUGAGAAAUUGAAAAGAUCCAAGCCUGUAUGGAAAUUCAAGAUGUCCACAGGAGAAUUGGAUUGCACUGAGGCAGAUAUCAGAAUUCUAUCUGCAAUUUUUGACAGGUCAGAAGGAGAUGAGAUUUUGGCUUCACGAUUCGGAUUUCGUACGGAUCAGAAGUCCUUCAAACCACCUUUGUUCGUGGUGAAUGAAAAAGAACUAAAGGAAAGUGAGUGGUAUGAUUACGAGGACUACAUAGAUUUGGAUCAAGUGUCACUGGAAUCAUCGAUACUUUUCAAACUUGAAGCUAUUCCUCUAAUGUAUUCUCCUCGCAUAUCUUAUUUCAGAAAAAUUAAUGAUGAUGGCUACGUUGUCCCAUUUCCCUUUGGAAGAGAGGAGUCUCAUGAUUGUAUGAUUGGUAAGAAUCAUCCAGAGCGUACCCAAGAGCAUCUGGUGCGUCAAAGAGUUGCAGAAAUCGAAAAGGAUAUAAAAAAGGUUGCAAAGCACUUAGAAUCAGUUCAGCAAUCGCAAGAGGGACCUGGAAACAUAAAAAAAGUUGAGGCAAAGGUGGCAGCGCUCACUGCCAGUCUUCAUGAAUUGAAGCAUAGACUGCACAUUGUGCAUAUAAUACUUGAUGAUUUAAAACUUUCUGAAGUUGCACCUAGCAUAUACUCUUCUGGAGAUUCCGAAAGCUCAGUGUCCAGCAGCUUUGACUCAAAUGAUGACAGUGAUGAAAGUCAUAUUAGUGAUUCUCCUUUACUUAGGUCCACCACAAUUGAGUCUUUCAGGUCAAUGAGGCAAGCAUCAAGUUUGCAGGUCAAUUCCACUUAUGACAAUAGAUUCAUUGUCCAUAGCAUCCAGUUCAAGAUAAAUAAGAUUAUUCGACAGCAUCUUUUUGAAUAUGCAUCCAAUGCAUUCGAAAGAAAAUCGAUGCAAUUUUUUCUCACAUAUAAAUCAGUCAUGAUUUUGAAGGAGCUGCUAAACACCACGAUCGUGGAUGCGAAAACAUCAUCGAGUGAUUUUGACUCUUUUGGUACUGACGAGGGUGUAUCCAAUGCAGAGUUUGUACAGCGAUUUGAAGAGUUGAUACGUGAAGUACCAAGUGAUAACUUCGAUUUUGUUGAUAGUUACUUGUUUAGACUAAUCUCACCACAAUUGCAAUUUAUGUCCGAUGUUGAACCUGACAGCGCAGUAAUCUUGGCCGCUAGAGAUAUCGAGAUGGGCAUUAUUGAUAUAAUGCAAAUCAUAGGCAAAUCGGGACAAAGGAUCCCGAUGGAUAUUGAUACCAUAGUGGAAACGAGGUACUGUGCUGUAUCCAAGGAUAUACAGUUAUUCACUCUUUCAAAGCAGGAUAUCAUUUCCACAGGAGGUAAAGGCUUCCAUCAAAAUGGUUAUGGCAUGCAUGAGGACUCCAAGUUUUGGCCUCCGUGGAUUCCUCUAGAAAUGUGUUAUGACGGCGCACUACUCGAAAAGCAUGUUUUUUUGAGGAGAAGAUCAAUGUUCUUUACCUAUACGUCGCCCAAUCCCUUAUUUUUCACUGAUGAAGAUACAACAGGAUUGUCCAAAGAGGCGAAGUUUCGGGUCGGUUUUCCAGGUCUUGUUCUCACUUCGACGUCUCAACAAUACUGUGCAGUUUACAAUAUAACUCAAGAUUUAUUGUCUUUCCAAUCAACGUUAGAUGAAAAAGUCGAAAAGUUAGCGAAAGUUAUUUUGGCGGAUGAGGUUAGAAAUAAUCUAGAGAAACUUGACGUAUCGGUUGUUACAACCCUCCAGCGAAAAGUGAAAGAUCUCUAUUACACACGUGAAUUUCUGAAAGUGCAUGACCAUAGGCUUUAUAACAAAACAGCACAAGAGUUGACUUAUGAAAUACAGACUACCCUUUUGGAGCUCUCUAUUUUGAUGACAGCCGUAAAGAAGAACUAUGAUCGUCUUGUAAGUGGAAGUAAAUCAUCGCAAAAGAAACUUAACUGGCAUAUUGGAACGGAUGAACUCAUUUGGGAACUGUACGAUGAUGAAACUAAACCAUUUAUGACGAUAGGUUUAGGCCCAUCAAACUACAUAAGAUCACAGAUUUCCAAUGGAUUGAAUAGCAACAUGAUUGCUAUUUCCUCUUUGCAGUGCUUUAACCAGCAAGAAGCACCUGUUUAUUUAGAGCUUUUAGCUCCCUUUGAAGAUAAUCCUCACUAUGACAAGUCAAUACCUAUGGUCGAAUUAUCCUGGAAGCAGGGCCCUCCAAUUGGUGGUAUAGCCGAUCUAGAGAGCAUGAUCAUAUCAUUACAGCCAAUAUUAUUCAAGAUGGACCAUAUCACCUCGGAAAAAAUAAUGAAUUAUAUGUUUCCGGCUAAGGAAAAGAUGCAAGCCAUUAUUUCGCCAGUACCGAAACAAACCUCGAUCUCAACUGUGUUGAACUCUCAAGGCAUACGUCGUAGUCCCUCCGUAGGUAGCUUGUCUUCUGGAAGAUCAAGCUCCGAAGGUAAGGACUUCGAUUCCCCGGAUACAACUAGUGUCUUUUCGUCUUCAGAUGCAGCUUCGAUAAUCAAGAGAAAUCCAAAGAAGAUUACCACAUCUAUUUUGAAUCAACCCGAUGAAAAUAUUAAUGAGAUGGUGAAAAGAUCAGGAACGUUUUUUAAUGUUAAAACAAUCUUAAUUAAAAAAACAACCAUGUCCGUUUGUUAUAAAGGUGCCCAUCAUGUUCUUACUGAUGUCAAUAACUUAAUUGUGAAAGUUCCAAACCUGACUUAUGUCAACAAAGUGUGGUCAAGAGAUGAAUUUUUUGCGGCACUCAAAAGGGAUAUAACGAAAGUUGUUGUUCAGCAUUUAGGUACCAUAAUCGGUAAUAAGUUCAUUCCGCAUAAGAAGGAAAACAAGUUGAAAGCUUCAAUGGACAUAUCACAGCUCCUGAGCUUGGAAGCUCGCACAGAGAACAGCUCAAUUGCUUCCAGUAAUUAUCAUGUUCACAGAAUCAAGAAGAAACACUCGGGUACAUCAUCGAAAAAUUCCAAAAACACUACGAUUCCAACAAAUGAUGACUCUGAAGUUAAGCCUUUUUUCCCUACCGCUGAGGAUACAUUGCAAUGA